UCCCUUUGCCUCCACCGUUCUGCAUGCGCGCCGUCAGCUAAUGAUUCGAUUAAUUACGUCCCCCGCGAGCUUACGUUACCACUAAGUACGUACUUAACAUAUUAUCCUAUAUAAGUGUGAGCAAUUAGCAGGAGUUAAUCGUGUCCACUUAACAUACAUCGCACAGCAUUCAGCAAUGGCGUCCUUGCUGAGCGUCGCCGUCGUCCUCGUCGUGGUCAGCGCUCAGGCCCUCGCCGCCGUUGCCGUUGCCGACGCCGCGCGCGUCAACGCCGGCGCCGCGGCCUUCUCGCCUGCAGUACCCCUCGGCGGCCGGCUUGACGGCGGCGGCGGAGGGCUGGUGGAGUGCUGGAGCGCGGUGGCGGAGCUCCGGUCGUGCACGGACGAGAUCGUGCUCUUCUUCCUCAACGGCGAGACGACGCAGCUCGGCGCCGGGUGCUGCCGCGCCGUGCGCGCCGCGACGCGCGACUGCUGGCCGGCCAUGCUCGCCGCCGUCGGGUUCACCGCCGAGGAGGCCGACGUCCUCCGCGGCCUCUGCGACGCCGAGGCCGCCGCCGCCGCCGCCGACUCCACGUCGCCGGCGCCAUCGGCCGCGUAGUGGACGGUGGCGCGCGCGCACGAACACGUCUGUGAAAUCUGAAAUCUGAACGCGUUGCGGGCGUUCAUGUGAAUUACUCGUUUCUUCUACGUGAAUAAGAUCUGAACUCUGAAGCGUGACUUCAGUAUAUCCGUUCUGUUCAUCCAUUAACUGCAUUCGAUUUCAGGG